UUCCGGUACAGGGGCGUCAACAAAAGGAACCGCUUUACCGCGUGCGCCCUCGCGCCGUGUUUUGCGCUCCAGUUGAGACACUACAAUACCAUUUCAGGUUAAAAAUGGAGACAUUUAACACGCUGCUAUUUGAAUACCCGCAGUUAAUGUACGGUGGAGUUGGAGCUACGGCGUUUAUGGUGGGCGGAGCGCUGCUCUACAAAAUUGCCACAAGGAAGAAGCCCGCUCAUGCAAAUGUAAACUGCUGGUUCUGCAAUCAGGACACAGUGGUGCCUUAUGGAAACAGGAACUGCUGGGAUUGUCCCAACUGCGACCAAUACAAUGGCUUCCAAGAGAAUGGGGAUUACAACAAACCCAUCCCCGCUCAGUACAUGGAGCAUCUUAAUCAUGGCGUAUCUGGAAGCCUUCCUUCAUCAGAGACACCCAAGACUCUGCAGUGGGUUAACUGUCAAAUUCUGCUGUGCAGGAAGUGCAAUAAUAACCAGACUGUAAAAAUCAAGCAGUUGGCAUCAUAUAUUCCCAGGGAUGAUGACAAUUAUGAUGAGGAAAUUGAAGCCUAUAAGUAUCACCUGGAGCAGACAUAUAAGUUAUGCAGACCUUGCCAGACAGCGGUGGAAUAUUACAUAAAAUAUCAAAACCGUCAGCUCCGUACAAGGCUCCUAAACCAUCAGCAUCAGCGCUCCCGAGAAUUGGACUCGGGCUUCGUGAAGAGCUCCCAUUCUCUGUCCUCGCCUACAGGAGUCAUACUGUUGCGGGUCCUUGCCUUCUUGAUUUGUGCUGUCCUACUCGCUACAUUCGCCUACAAGUUGCCAGAACCGCCUCUCCCUCCAAAUGGGCCACAGACCUUAAGUGGGGGCGUCAUUCCUCCAAAGCCAAAAUCCAUCAACGAAUCAGCCGCCAACAAUGAUAGCGCCACAGAUUUGCCGGCGUGGCGGAGUCUGCUGGACUUUAUCCCAGACAAGGCCGUUGAAAAUGCCAAGUUAGUCUGGCAGCGUGGCAGGGACAACCAGCUGGCCAUCGUGUCUGUGGGCCUCAUGACUUGUCUUACAGCUAUUUUCUUAGCGGGACCUCUGCGGUUAAGAAGAAUUGAUGCCAUCUCCUCCGUCCUGUGGUUUGUCAUCCUGUGCCUCUACCUGGCUGAGAGCUACUUGGCCGACACGCCGAGCUGGAUGGACACGGUAAAGCUUGUUAGCAUCUCCCUCUGCUGCAUCGUCGGCCUCGCUGCUGCCGCUGCGACUCGCAAGCCACCGGGUCAGCGAAGAGCCAGAUACCGAAGAUACCUUGCAGGCAGCUCUGCAGUCCCACCCUUCAGCAGCCAGCCUCCUCCCUUCCACCCUCCCGACAUGGCGGACUCCUUCAUCCUCGCCCCGCCCCCUAACAUUUCAGAGCUGAUCAGCCGCCGGCGCAGCCCUCGGGAGCGCAAAGCUUCCCCCUCCACCCUGCCUGGACGCCUCAGCCGGGCCCUCUGCCUCGGAACGGUCCCCUCCCUCACCAGGACAGGUUCUGGUUACCUGUUUAGUGGUAGUAGACCUGCCUCACAAUAUAAAGACUCGCCACCAUCAGAUUACUUUUCUUUGAAGUCAGGGAGCCGCCCAUCAUCCCCAGGUCCUUCUCCUACUCCUUCAUUGGCCGGGUCAGUCACAUCCAGUUCUGGCUCUGCCAGGCAGCGCCGUCCCCUCAUCAGUCCGGCCCGCCUCAACAUCACCGGCCAGAAGCUCCGCCUUUUUUCCUGCGAACCAGACCCAAAGCUCGUUUCUCCACCCUUUUCCUCAUUUCCUUUCUACGUCGAACCGACGCCUUCGAUUUACAGUGGCUGCUUCUCGCCAGACGUAUCUCCUUUCCAAAGUCAACACGAUUUGAGUUCCUUGAUGAAAGAUGGAAGCGUGAUAGAGGAAGAGGAGAAACGAAGCAACUCUUCAGGGUCCUCUGCCUGCCAAGUUGGCACAACAACACUAAGUCCUGAGAGCUUCACAGCCCCAAAAGGUUGUGUGAAACGUUUUAUCCUACCCGGGCUUUUAUUGACCAGCCUGACCACCAACCUGCUGCUCGGCUGCUUCUAUCUCUACCACAACUGGGGGUGAAGCCUCAGCGAGUGCGCCGCUGGUUUUCCCAUGAACUGAUCAGAGGGACGGGGCCUCUGGGCGUCCUCAGACAUUCAGCCGUGUCAGAAAAACCAGGCCGUGACUGUUUGCCGGCGCUUGAAGUAAAAAUACACAGAUUCCAGCAGACACAUGUCUAUUGGAGAAACGACCUCCGAUUUGGCUUAGUUUACAAUAGAAGGGUGUGACAGGAUGCCGUCCUUCACUCAUGGCUAAUGCUGUAUCAGAACCCACACCUGUGCACCAGGUGUGGGUUUGAGCUGAUGGACCCCACUGGCACUGAUUGUGAUGAGUGGGCUCCUUUCAUUAUCAAAUCAUUUCUGGGGUUUUGUCAAAACGAAGGCCACUUUUUGUUCAUAAAAUAGAAAUGUAAGUUUUGAAAUGUAAAGACAACUGGUGUUAGUGUGUGUGUGUGUGUGUGUGUGUGUGUGUGUGUGUGUGUGUGUGUGUGUGUGUGUGUGUGUGUGUGUGUGUGUGUGUGUAUUCAGUUGCAAAAUGAAUCUCUGGUGCUCUGUUGUUGUUUCCCAGUUUAGAGUUCAUCUAAUGCAAAGGUUUCACUACUGAAAAGGUUCUCCUAAACCAAACCGUCCGUUAUAUUUAUUUAUCCAGUCACCCUUUAGUAUCUCCAGAUAUUAAAAGGAAUAUUUCCUUUUAUUUAGGAGCUGCAGUUUAAACACAUUUUUUUUUUUUUUUACGAGGCUUCUCGUAUAACGUCUGAUGUUUGCACUGGUUUUCUGUCAUUUGUGUGGUUCUUUGAACACGUGGGUUUAAAAGUGUGUAAUGAGUGUAGCCGUUUGGCUACUCUGAGUGUGAAUGUUGACGUGAUUUAUAAAAAGAUGUUACACCUUGGAAGUUUGAAUAGAAAUGUUUAAUCACUGUAAUCUUUUUAUGUAAAAUUAGACUAUUUUGUUUUGUGAGGUUACGGUUUUCUUUUCUUAAUGAUGCUAAUUUGAAUUUUUUGAAUUCAUACUUGUUUUUUUUUUUUUUUGAGUGAUUUUUACCAAUGUAAAAGAACACAAAAAUGCUGCUGUUGGGUCUCUGACAGACUGUUUAAUGACUGUCAGAAGUUUUCAUUAAACAGUCUUAUAAGUUCGUCAUUGUGCUGUACGCUGAACGUACCCAUGUAUUCAUACUUUUGAAAUCAUGUCGUGUUUGAACAGAAAUUAUCUUUUUUACUCCAACAACGUUGACCCCAGUCAGACAAAACUGCUUUUCAUUUGUUUCAAAAUGAAGUAAUUUUUUCCAUAUUGGUUACAUGAUUACAGUAUUGUCUUCUUUUUUUUUUUUCUUUCUCUGGUUUUCACACCCCCACUUGUGUAAAAACAGAGGCUGUCCCCAGAUGAUGAGAUGAAGUUGUCUCUGUGUGAUCUCCAUCAGUUGUUUGAAGGUUUGCGGUGGUGCUGUUCUGCUGAGUGUUAUGGUUUGGUAUAAUAACUUCAUCUGUACCAGUGCUUUUUUAAAAUAAAUGUAUUUUUUUGUAACUCAUUUUGUAUAUUCUGCUUCAGGAAAAACUUCACUUUUCACAGGAAAACCAACCGAUAAGGGUUUAUGGUUCGAUGUUUUUGCCAGAUGUGUCUCAAUUACACUGAAUUUUAAUAAACAUUUGUUUUGUUCAUUGUGAAA